AUUAUUAUGUGGCAACCACAGCGUUGUGCCAAAAAGAAGGAAUUUUUAAAUACUGCAAGCCGCGGACUGAAAUCAACAGACAUCGUCCAAAAAUGACUUCUGCAUCGAAUUUAGCGAAUAUAUAUGCAACAUUGUUAAGGAAAUAUGAUAAUAAUUACAUGAUCACUUAUGCAGCCAGCCCAUCGUAUAUCAACAAUGUAAUUGGUCCACAUGAAAAUGCUGGGAAGGUUGUGCUAUUUUAUAUUGAGGAUCGUUCGAAAGCCAAACCUAUGAACUUUAUGUCUCCAUCAAAAUUAAAAAUUGGCAAAUCUCCAGAUGACUUGGAUUUGACGGGUAGUCCAUUGAAAGAUGACUGUGAAGUGGAUGCCAUUGCCGAUAUGUCGCUGGAUUUGAAUUUAAUUGCCACAAAUCCAUGGAAAAUGGAAGAAGAAUAUCAUAAAGGCAUACCGGUUGAGAAGGCAAGAUCUAUUAUCUGUGGCUCUGAAUUUCAACGUAGUCCCGCCGCAAAAGAUGCCCACGGCUCAGUGUGGUUUCUUUGUUCUGGUGCAGAUGCUGCGAAAACUCUGCUCUUGCAAUACGAAUUUUCACCACAGCAUGCAGUUCGUGGCAUUAUAACUUACAUGGGUGUUGUACCUUCGUACUGUGUUACAACCCAGAGUCUAUUGCAACAACAUUAUUCCCUGAUUGGUAAAGGAUCAAUGGUAAAAACUCAUAUUGAAAAUACCUAUCAUGUGAAAUCGAAUAUAUCAUUAAAGUGUUCAUGGUCGACGGCUUCGAUGGUACCAUCACUUAUUGAUUUGAAUACUUGUGAGGUAACAUUGACACAAACCUAUCGUUUGAGUGAAUCGUCUUCUUCGACAGAGGUUUUCAUAAAUCAAUUAAGAAUUUUAACGACAAUUCGUGAUGAUAUUUUGUCGUACAAGCAAGCCGAAAGUGCUGACAUUUCAAAGGAUCCGAUAUACAGAUGUGGCAUAGGCAUCGAAAUGGGCGAACUGCGUGAAAAUAUCAACAAAGUUAUGACCGAAAUAUCGGAAAUUGAUUCUAACAGUGGAGCCGAACGUGAUAUUGAAGAUGUCAUACAAAGUGCCAAAACAAGACGCUUAUCAGAUCUAACUGACAAGUUAUGGGAUAUUUUAAAAAGAUGCUCUUCCUACAAAGAUUUAAAAAUGGCAUUCAAUAUUUUAUUUCAAUGUGCUGCCCGUUGUAAUAUUGUGAAUACACCAACAAAUAAAAACCGCUUGGCUGAAAUUAUAACCGAAGUUGCCAAUCGCCGUUUGGCCAUACCAUGUCUUUCGGGGUCUGAGCCAUUGGAGCUGCUAUUGGAAAUUGGGUUGGAAAAAUUAUAUAAAGAUUAUGAAUACAUAUUCGUGGAGAGUAAAAUAUGCAGUGCCAAUGAUUUGAAAAAUAAAGGCGCUGCCCAAGAGAAUAAGGAAAACUCAUCUGCCGUACCAAAUGUUCGAAAAUCUUUACGCAAUGCUGUAUUGCAGGACAGUGCUGCUAUGCGUAAAACCCUGCUCCACAACGAUGUCAAAAGCAAUGUAAACAUCAUGAAAAAUGAUGUGAUAGGUUUUAAGAAUAGUAAUUUUGAUGAAAACGAAACAGCUAAGAUACUUUCAAAAUUACUACAAAUCCAUUGUACAUUAGAACAUUUACUAAUGAUUCACAUCCACUUGAACAUAAGCAGCGUUUACUAUGAAGUGUGCGAUCAGCUUUUACGUAAACCACCACGAAUUAUUGAUUCAAUAAAUGAUUCGUUGGUAGAUGAAAUGGAAAUUCAAUUGUCGGCUCACUAUAUUCGUGAACAUUUAGAGGGUAAAGAUCCACAUUCUCGGAGAAUUACAAUGAAAUCGAAAAAUAAGUUACGCGAAGUCAAGUCUACGUUCUACUACAACAUGGAGAAUAUUUUCCCGCCCAAUAUUUCCGAGUGUUUUGGGGCCGAAGAUAAGGAGUAUAGUAAAGAAAAUGUCUACUAUAGUUGGUUAUAUCGCAAAAUUACCACAAUUAAAAUGUAAUAUUUUAUUUAUUUUACUCUUUUUUUUAAUUCUAUGUUAUAGAUUUGCAAAUAAGUUUUUUAAUUCGCGAACAAUCUGUCUAUAUUUUUACCAUUUUUUGCAUGUUAAAAUUGAAAUAAAAAUAAACAAAUUAUUUAAAAAAAAAACAAAACUUGACAGAAUUUUCAAAAUAUAAUCAAUUUAAAAAGUUAUACAAGGCCAAGUCUUGGCUCUACUACAACAUGUAGAAUAUGUUCCCUAGUGUUUUUUUUUUUUUUUUUUUUUUUUUUUUUUUUUGGCCGUAGACAAGGAAUGUAACAAGGAAAAUGUAUAUUUGUCUUUGAAUCUUGCUUUUCUAAAUGUGUAUAAAAAAAAAAAUAAUAAAGAAACAGUCUAUAAAUAUAA